CUGUGUUCUGACAGAUCUGAAUGUUACUAUGGGAAUUCUCCACAGCAAUGACCCAACAGCAAGGAAGGAGUACAAGAGAAGCCUGUCUGCUAUGUAUGUCACAUCCGAUCGGCCUUCCAGACUGCAACAACACAGCUCUGUCCCAAAGAUUUUCAUCAUGUUCUGUGUUGCAGUCCUGGUUACUUUUCUGGGGCUGGUCCAAGGCACAUUUGUGGUCACCUCACUGGCUGAGAAGAUGACUGGAAGUUUAUCUGAGCAAGGCACUAUCGUCCCGGCUGAAAUUCGGCCAUGUGUAGACUGCCAUGCGUUUGAGUUCAUGGAACGAGCUUUGCAGGACAUCAACACAGCAGCUAACAAUUUGGACUCUCAGACAGAGAAGCUUCUUCUGAGGACAGAGCAACGGAGCCUAUGUGACUGCACUGUGUGAAGCCAGGAAGCAGAAAAAAACAGCUGCAUUACCAAGACUAG